AUGGAUGCAAAACCUUCUCAACUUGUUUCACAACCUUUGACGUAUCAGACAUGGUUCUUGAAAGUUUCUAUCCACUGUGAAGGUUGCAGGAGGAAAGUGAAGAAAGUUCUGAAGAGCAUUGAUGUGCUUUGGGUUGUUGAGAAGAGAAUGUUGCACUUUGCAGGUGUUUUCACAGCAACAAUAGACCCACAUCAGCAGAAAGUAACAGUCACUGGAAGUGUAGGUGUUGAGACCCUUCUCCGAAAACUGGUCAGAGCCGGAAAGCAUGCCGAGAUAUGGCCGGAGAAUCUCGACGGCAAGGGGAAAAUCACCGGCAAAGGUGAGAAGAACAAGAAGAAUGAACAAAGAGAAUCAAAGAGCUUGGAAAACAAGGGAACUGAAAAUAGUGAUGCUAAGUGUGAAAGCAGCGACUCAAAGACCGGCGACAACUCGCCGGGAAAGUCUCCGGCCGUUGACCAGGUUUCGCCGGAGGGUGGUCAGGGAGAAGGUGGAGGAGGGGGUUCUAGUAAGAAUAAGAAAAAGAAAGGGCCAGGUGAUGGCAAUGGAAGCAGGGGUGUGGGUUCAGCAGCUAGUGGUGCACCUGCACACACUGGAUUCCAGUUUCAGAAUCUUGUGGGCCAGCAAAUGGGCCAAGUGAAUCUCAGCCCUACACGUCAGCAAUCAUUCUCGUACCCAGAAUCUGGUUAUUAUCCUCCAAUGUUUUAUGUUGCCACUUAUAACAGGUUAUAUCCCAUGGCAAGAAUUGGUGGUCCUUCUUACUAUGUUCCAUCUUCACCCUACACGUGUGCAGGCCUAGACCAAGAUAAUAAUUAUUUUCAAUCUGCACCGUUGGUUUCCUUUGAGAUCUUCAGUGAUGAGAAUGCAAAUGGGUGUUCCAUUAUGUAA